CCGCAUUGGGCGCUCGGCCGGCCCUGACCGUAUCCGGCACACCGUAGCCGCUGAUAAAGUUUUCGCUCCUGACUUUUUCGGAUACGCGCUACGCCGCGAAACCGCCGCCGCCGCCGCCGCCGCCGCCGCCGUCGCCGCCGUCGCCGCUACUUCCUUCCUUUCUCUAUCUCUUUCUCUCUCUCUCUCUCUUUCCCUUUCCAAAGACUCGGAGAUUGCGAUCGUGCAAUCUGAAUAACAGUGCAAUUCGAAUCCCUCCUCCCUGCCCUCCCGUCUCCGUCCCCUCUCUCUCUCUUUUUUUCCUCAGACAGUUUUUCUAAAUUUCCUUAUCGCAGCUUCGCCGAUAAUCGUCGUCGACGUUGCUCGCUCCUCGAGCUCCUCGGAAUUGACAGCAGCGAUUGACGGGACGUUAUUGAUGACCGUCGAAGCGGACAGCGGGCUGCUCGCGGGCUAGGUAACGAACGAUGAUUUAGUGGCAAGAUCAAGUGAGUGUCGUGUGAAAGGAAAAGUGUGCGGUACGUUCGGGCGGCGAAAAGCGCGCUAGUGCACCACCAGCGCAGCAGACGCCAGUUUCAGUGAGCGUGUUUCACUCGUCGGCACUUACACGAGGCACUGAUGGAGAAUAAUCGGCCGACGAGGGGGAUCGAGCUGUGAUUCUGAUCAGGAUAAUGCGAAGCCUGGAUAGGCUGUCGGGUAGCGACCAGGACUGCGGUGAUCGGGAAAUGUACAUCGACCUGGACGACGCCUCCGUCGACUCGAUUACUGGGAAACGUACUCGCCACCAUGUCGCGGAGGUGGGCGAGGAGAGCGACAGCAGCGGGAGCGAGAGGAGCCCGAAGCAGGCGAAGAGAAGAAAUCGCGGCGGCGCGCCGCCGGCCACGAGGCGACGGAAAAGCGGAAUUUCCGCGCGCGAGAGGAACUUGAGGAGGCUCGAGAGUAACGAGAGAGAGAGAAUGAGAAUGCACUCCCUCAACGAUGCCUUUGAGCAAUUACGCGAGGUAAUACCACACGUAAAAAUGGAGAGGAAGCUCAGCAAGAUAGAAACGCUCACGUUGGCUAAAAAUUAUAUAAUGGCACUGACGAAUGUCAUAUGCGAGAUGCGCGGCGAGGAACAACCGUACACAUUUGUCGAUGGCGAAUGCGGUUCCAGCAGCGGUGAUAGUACCGGUCAACUAGAAUUAAGCGGGGGUGAACAACCUGACGAAUCAUCCCCCGCGUCGAUUCACGAGACCAACAACAACAGUCUUCUCCACGAGGAUCUAGAACGCAGGAUCUAAGAAAAUUCGAUCUAAACGACAAGCGUCGAGACACGUACAUGCAACACAGCCACGUACACACGCACACAUACACGCACAGACUCUGUGAUAAACUAUCAUAUUAGUGCCUUUCGUAGGGACAGCAAUCCGCGACGAUUCACUCAUUACUCGCCAUGGAUCUUCGUAGAGCGUCGUACGUUUUUUUUGAAAAAGCCGCGCUAGAAAUAACAAAACGAUCGAUGAUUCCGCAAUAGAAGAAGAAACGCGAGAUUCAGAACAGAAAGAACGGAAACCGAAUAGAAAAGAGACAUGAAGAUAAAAAAAAACAGAAGAGAAAGAGAAAAACAUAAAGAUAAACGUAAUGAGAUAAAAUAUAAAAUAGAAGAAAUAAGAAAAGGGACACGAGACGAGAAAAGAGAAAGAUGAGGAAAGAAUUCGCGUUUUUAGAAUAUACGUAAUACACGGGGCGUUUCCGAUUUAGCGCAUAAUCCUUUUCAAAGAGAGACUUCUCGACGAGACGAGAUGUUCUUAGAAGAAGUUUCAUAGAAAAAGCCAUUAUUUUUAUAACUUAAUUUCUAUCUCCGACGUUAGAGAUACCUUAACAGCCAAACCUCGAUCUAAGGACGGUAUUCACGGUCCGAGGUUAAAUUGAAAAUCGUUUCUAAAUUUAAAGGCUGGACAUGAGCAAUCUUGAAAUUCCUCAUUCGAUGAAAUGAUAAUACAGCGUCUCAAGAUCGUGCCUAAAACGAUCUUGAACGCAAGAUCGGACUGUAUGAAUACCGGCUCAAGAUUCCAUUAAAGCGAUAGUCUAUAAAGUAGAUUAAGAAAUAACGUUUCAUUACGUAGUUAAAUCCCCGGAGUUUAAUUCGUUAUUGAAACUGCUCAAUUCUCACUCCCUUUUUUAACUCAAGAAUGAGUAAUUCAAGCUGAACUUGAUAGAGAAAUUCUUACUAUUGUUACACAAAAAGCAGAAGUCUAUUUUCUUAUCUAGGGCUGAAAGAGAUAAUGUACUUCUCCAAAUAUCUAAGUAACGACGUGUUCAGGUAGAACGUGCGUCUCGCUGUACAUAUAGAAUAUAUCGAGAGAGAAAGAGACAGAAUGCGAGAGUGAGAGAAAGAGAGAGAGAGAGAAAGAGAACAUACCCAGAAAAAUAUUUAUAUCGUACGGCACUCGUAAAGUGUACCGAAAGUAACGGUUGUGCAAAUUCACCUUUCGUGAAUUCUUCCGUCAAUCGUUAAAUUUCCAUUUAAUUUAUUCUUUUAUCAACAUUUCGUUUUCCUACUGCAAGAUAUUAUCACGCUAGUUACAAUCACUACUAUUAUUACUAUUACUCUUAUUCCUAUUACUAAUUCUGUUGCUAUAUUGCUACACUAUUACUACUGCAACCAUCACUCCUACUAUUAUUCCUACUACUAUACGACUAUCAUUCCUAUAUAGUACCAUUGUUACAUGGUUAUUUAGAGCUAUUACUUUUUAUUUUGAUUAAUAUUCUAUUAUUUUUUAAUUCCUUUGAAAGAUUAUUAUUAUUACUGUUAUUAUUAUUACAUUAUCACUAUUAUUGUUAUCGUAUUAAAUUAAUAACACAUGAUUUUAAUGUUUCAUUUUAGAAAUGUUAUCUGUUGCAACGUGCACUUCACUCACAUUUCUCCGUCCGCGAAUUGUCUAAAGGACAAACAUCUUUCUCAACAAAUUCGCCAAAAUUGGUAUUAAUUAACCGCAAUAACUACAUUUAUAAUCUUUACCCAUCAUCAAUUAUUAAUUACACUCUUAACUGCAAGCUACACAUAUAAGUAACGAUUGUUUGUUGGCUAAUUAACAAUUACAAGCGUAAUUAACAAAUGUAGUAAAAUUAAUUAAAUUACAUUUGAUGAUUACCAACAAUUUCAUUACAAUUUUACCCAAUUCUGCUUGAAAAAUUAUUAUCUGUUACGUAAGUAAUUUUGCAUAAAAAGACGAAGAGAAGCAUAAUAAUGGUAUGGUAGAACUAAACAGACUAAUCAAGCUAACAGAUAACGAUCAUAUUAAAAUUUGUUAAUUGUACAUUUGCGAGAAAUCAAAUGCAAUUGAUUUAUUACGUAGUUACGUAACUAUUACAAUAUUCAUAUGGAUAUAUGUUACUGUUAAAGUAAUUAUUCAGACGGAACUUGCGUCUCGAAGUCAUAAGUCGUAAAAAUUUACAGUACAUUAUCGCUGUUAUUAAUGUAACAGUAUCAUUAUCGUUACGCCCUAUUAUCGUAUCGAACCGUUGUUACUAUCGUUAUCAUUGUCAUUGUCAUUGAGAUAGUAACUGCCAUGGUCAUUGUCUCAUACAUACACACACACCCACACGCACACACACACACACACACACACACACACACACACACACACACACACACACACACCACCACCACCACCACCACCCACACAUUAUGUUUUACUGUUAUUGACAUUAUUACAAAAUAGCGCAUUAUUUUAUGAUUCAAUAUCGCAUUCGCGCACGUGUCUCUGCAUUCUACUCGUGCGCAUGAAUCAUUUUCAUAAUCGUAAUUUUUUUGGACAUAACUUAAAUUUAAUCGUCUUCCCUACUUUUUAAAAGUAGAACUACAUAGGUAAACUUAAGGCAGCUUUAACACUCUGUAUACAUUGUUUUUCGGCACUUUUUCUACACACGUUGGAUCACGACACUGUCGAGUUAAUUUUCAUUACUUUUAUAAGUUUAAAAUGACUUUUACAUAUGCUUUAACGUUUCUAGAAAGUAUUUGUAUGGUUGCUUAUUUAAAAAAAAAAAAUGUAUAUAAAUGUUACAACUCUGAUUAUGGCGCUCUUAGUUUUUCGAAGAAAAAUUCCCAGGAUAAAAUUGUCGAAUCGUGUAUACAGAGUGUUAAUAUUUGUAGAAACGGUCCUAUAUCAUGAAAGAUUUACAUAGCGUAGUUUUAUUAUGUGCGACAUUUUUUAUGUAAAUAUUCGCGUUAUGUUUGAAAAAUUUUACGCGAGAAUACAGGGUGUGAUUAAGUUGCUCACCCAUAUAUUAUAACUUCUUUGCUAAAUACCUUAAAUAGAAAUUAUUGAAAAGCAAAAUGUUUCGCUUCAAAGCAUUUAUAUUGUAAUAAAAAGCAAUUCUACGUUCA